AUCUGCAGACGCUGGAAAUCCAAUCAACACACACGAAACGUUGGAGGAACUCGCAGGCCAGGCAGCGUCUGUGGGGAAAAAACCACCGAGGACGAUUCGGACCGACACGCCGCCCGGCAGGCUGAGUUCCGCCAAGUGGGCAAGAAAUGACGAAACAACAAGCGCCGGCGAGUCGUCAUCAUCCGGCGCGGCGGCGGGGAAUGACGUAAAGGCAGGCGCCGGCAUGUGGUGAUAGUUAAUGGCGGCUGCGCCUUUCCUGGGGAAAUGAGCCAGUCGGGAUUCUACCCGCCGCCGGUCUUCCCUCCGCAGCAGCACCCUCCUGUGUGGGAUGGGGGAGCCCCGAGGUUCGGGCCACCCUGGGGUGCCGGGUACCGCCACUCGUCCUGGUUGGGCGCCGGCCAGUUUCAGGGUAACCUCGGCCAGUUUUGCCAGAAGUGGCCAAACCAGCAAGAUUCAGCCUACUGGCCCCUGAGCAACAACCAGUUUGACACCAGACAGCACCAGAAAAAGAAGAAGAGAAAGGAGCCAGUGUACACACACUACUGCGAUACCUGUGACCGAGGAUUCAAAAACCAGGAGAAAUACGGCGAGCACGUGUCACAGCAUGUGCAAUGCAAAGUUAAUGGUUGCAGUUUCAAUGCCCAUGAGAAGCUGGUUCAGAUUCAUUGGAGAAAUGCACAUGGGCCAGGGGCAAAAAGAAUUAAACUGGACACUCCAGAGGAAAUUGCCAAGUGGCGAGAGGAGAGAAAGAGGAACUUUCCAACUUUGGCAAAUGUAACAAGGAAGAAGAAAGCAAAUGAAGAAAAAGAAAAACGAGGGGAGGUGUUGCAAACACAGCAGUUUGGCAAAAUGAAGGGAGGAUGGAAAAGAUCUCAUAAUAGGACCCAGAAAAAAAUGUGUGGUAUGUUUAAAGACCGAAAUGGAGGUCGCUUCAAUGGAACACACUUCAGUGAACAGGAAGGACAAAUUACAAUGGAAGAGACUGGUUCCACACAAAAUGAUGGAACAAGCAGUAAAGAACUGGGGAACAAGGAGCAAAACACAGCUCGUGAAAAAGAUGUGGACCCCCUUGGCAUACUGGUACAGAAUGAUGCAGAGUCUGACAAGGAUGAGAGCCAAGCUGAUGGUCAGCGAGCGGAAAUUGUCGUUGUGCCAAGCCAGAUAACGUCAGGCCUGAGUGCACUGAUGGCCAAUUACAGCAGCUCAUCAGACAGUGGAAGUGACCAGGAGCCAGAAGAAAUACCGCUCCAGAAAAGUGUCAAAGCUGUGGAAGAAAGCAAGGUGUUACUGGGAUCUGUACCAAGGCGUACCGAUGACAAGGAGAUGAAAGGACGUGACAGCGGCGUUGUGGAUUCAAAGUUGUGCAGUUCUUUCAAACCCAAGGGUAGGAGUGGAGGAAGGGACCGUGGUGUGCGGGAAAAGCCAUCUUGGCCACAGAAGUUAUUACGUCGGCCAACUCUGCUUGAAAUGUUGCUGGCCAGAGACAUCCGCCAUGAAAGAAAUGUAAUCCUGCAGUGUGUUCGGUACAUUGCACAAAACAGGUUCUGGGGUCUUGAACCAAAAGUAAAUGGAGCAGGUGUGAGUCCAAGGUUGUCAAUAGCCUCACACGAAGGGACGCCAUGUCCAAACGGAACUGUAGAAUGUAACAUGGUGUCUGGACUUGAAGCACACACGCCUGAACAUGUGAUGCAUACUACGGAGAUUGCCAAUGCUGAAGGGAUGAGCCCAGGUCCUUUAUCACCUGGAAGCUCAAAGUUGCAUUCUACAGUAAAUCUACCUGAAGCACACGUAGUUACAGUACCUGCAGUGGAUGAUGAAAUUUGGGAGACCCUUGAAACCACAUGUGAGGAAAGAUGAUGAAGAAAAAUGCAAACAUUGAACAUGGCAACAGCAAAGACUUUUGGUGAUAUGCUGAAGGUGGCAGAUCGGCAUCGUUUCUUUAAUGUUUAAAAUGGAGCGAACAAUUUAUUUGUAAUAAAUGGAACUGCUUAAAUUCUUGUUAUAAAUGUUUCCAGACAUUGAGCUCUUAUUUGCUGAGUUUUAAAACUACGGCAUAUAAAUGCAAAGUGAGUAUUUACCAGUGA